AUGGCUCCAGUGCCAUACACGUCCCAGCCCCCGUCCCAGUCCCCGCAGCCAUCCACCAUCUUGGCCCAGAGCGUCAAGUAUCGGUCCACAUACCAGAAACGUACCUCGCUCGUCGCCAUGUCGCCCACUGCCAUCAUGUCUGAGCCUGCGGGAACUCCGGGGCCCGGCGGUACCCCCGGUGUAUCGACACACACGGCCACGGCGCUUGGCCUGCCCCGCUCGCCGGCGGCGACGGCCAAGCUGGACGAUAUCUCGCGCCGCGUGAGGGAACAGAGUGACCGCGGCGCUGACCCCGCCAGCCUCCAGCGCGCACUCACCCCGAUCGCGGACGGUAUCAAGGUGUUUGCCGACACCAACCCCGUCAUCUUUACCUUCCUCGCCAUCUUUGCCGCGCUGAGCUUCAUCCCCGUCGCGUGUUUCGUCGGCUUUGUCGUCGCCGCCACAGUCUUGUUCUCGGGCACGGCCGUGUUUGGACUGUGCUUGAGCGUCGCCGCCGCCGUCUUCUUUGCAGGCGCCGUCCUCCUCCCCGUCCUGAUCUUCACGGGCACCAUGGCCCUGCUCUCCCUGUGUUGCCUGCUGGGCCUGUUCCUCGCCCACCGUCUCUACCUGCACCUCACGGACGCCAGCGCCGCCGACAGGGGCAUGGUCGAGACGCUCUCCACGGGCGUGCGCACCUGGUUUGACGAGACGCGCUCCCGCGUCGGCCUCGGACCGCACACGUACCGCCCCAUGGCGUUUGAAGACUACAAGGCGUUCGACGAGCACCACCUCCAGCACCAGCACCAGCACCAGCACCAGCACGGCGCGCACACGCACACACACCGCGGGAGCGAGUACGUCGCCGUGACGGGCGGGCCCGGCGGCGGCAAGCCCCAGCUCGGCUUCAUCGACUAUACGGCACACCACCCGCAGCCGACGCCGAGCCACCCGCACGCGCCGGCGCACACCGCGCACGGCGCGUCGCCCGUGACCAUGCCCCGCAUCAAGGUCGAGUCGAAGUCCGACCUGUUCACCCCACAGGGCCAGUCGCAGGGCCAGCGUGUGCGCCCCGCAGACACGACGGUGGUCAAGCGCGAGAGCGACGACAGCGACUGGGAGAGCGAGGGCUAG